AUGGCGCAUAGGGCGCCGAGCGGGCGAGCCCCAGCUGCGGCUCCGGCUCCGUCCCGGCGGCUGGCACGGAGGGUCCUGGUGCUCUUUACGCUGUCGCUGUCCUGCUCCUACCUCUGCUACAGCCUCCUCUGCUGCUGCGGCGGCCCCGCCGCCCCCCGUGCCCGCUGCCCGCCCGCCCGCGCCGCCGCCGCCAAGAAACUUCUGCAGAAGCCGCGGCCGUGCGGCCGCACCGGGUCCGCCGAGCCCCCGCCCAGCGCCGCGCCCGCACGCCGCCCGCGGGACCCUUCGGGGCCGCCGGUCGGCAGCCCUCCGGGGCCGGCGCGCCCCGGCACCAAGCGACUGCCGCAGGCCAUCGUGGUGGGCGUCAAGAAGGGAGGGACCCGCGCCGUGCUGGAGUUCAUCCGGGUGCACCCCGACGUGCGCGCCCUAGGCACCGAGCCCCACUUCUUCGACAGGAACUACGACCGCGGGCUCGAGUGGUACAGGAGCCUGAUGCCACGAACGCUGGACAGCCAGAUCACGGUGGAGAAGACCCCCAGCUACUUCGUCACCAAGGAGGCCCCGCGGCGCAUCUUCAACAUGUCUCGGGACACAAAGCUGAUCGUGGUGGUGAGGAACCCGGUGACCAGGGCCAUCUCGGACUACACGCAGACGCUCUCCAAGAAGCCAGACAUCCCCACCUUCGAGGGGCUGACCUUCCGCAACCGCAGCCUGGGGCUGGUGGACACCUCCUGGAACGCCAUCCGCAUCGGGAUGUAUGCUGUGCACCUGGAGAGCUGGCUCCAGUACUUUCCCCUCUCCCAGAUCCACUUUGUCAGUGGGGAGAAGCUGAUCACGGACCCGGCUGGGGAGAUGGGCAAAGUCCAGGACUUCCUGGGCAUCAAACGGGUUAUCACGGACAAGCACUUCUACUUCAACAAGACGAAAGGCUUCCCUUGCCUGAAGAAGUCGGAGAGCAGCGGCUUGCCCCGCUGCCUGGGCAAGUCCAAGGGCAGGACUCACGUGCAGAUAGACCCCGAGGUGAUCGAGCAGCUGCGGGACUUCUACAGACCUUACAACGUCAAGUUCUAUGAAACGGUUGGGCAGGACUUCAGGUGGGAGUGA